AUGCCACGGCCCGUCAAGCCUCCUAUGACCCUGAAGGAGGCUAAACGGGCUCACAAGAAAGAUGACACUGGCUUCCGGUACACUGCUUCACAGAUGGCACGCGCUGAUCGCCAGGACGCACAAGAAGAAAAACGCCGGAAAGCUUUGGACAAGGAGAGGACCAAAAAGGACAACAAACGCAAACGGGAAGAGAAAGCAGACAGAGACCGCGCUGUCAAGCAGAAGAUGCUGGAUGAAGGACGCAUCACCAUUGAAGACACUUGGGGUAAAGUGGCUGCCAGUCAACCACGAUUGAAUAAGUUCUUUGCCCAACCACGGACAAAGCAUCCGCCACCUUCGCGUCUGUCUCGCAACACUGCCGUAAACUCUGGAGAUGACGCGCCGGAUGGCAUUUGGGAUGGAUUGCAGUCUGAAACUGAGGACGACGCUGAUAGUAGGGAGCGGGUGGAGAUGACGGAAGAGAUCGGUGCGCAACAAGACAUUGGUGCACCAGAUGCCCUUCCAGCCUUGGAGCCACCCUCACAAGCAGUCUCGAUCACAAAGUCUCUCGAUGCAAGACAGUCAUUAAACCAUCCCAGGCAGCGCCCUCGAUUAUCAUCACCUCUCCAAGAGCAGCGUUCGUCACAAAUAAAUUCAAGGGCUGGACGUUUCCCCCACGCCUCGCCUACUUCAGCAAAUUAUCCAAAGGUUCUAGAACCACAGAAGAGCCUAACCACAGUAAAUAAAUCUACAACAUUGCAAAAUCAUUUGCACACUUCUCUGCCGAGCAUCAAGGUGACCAAAUCCAUCAACUCUACUCCAACGAAAAGAAAUGACGGCACGAAACACCUACCACGUGCUGGAAGGCAUUCAUUGAUUCCUGCAGCACCUCAAUAUCAUAAAGGACUGGAAACGGUGGGUCAUAAAUCGGCCAUUGCUGAGAAUAACCGUCGUGUUGAGGAAGAUUUCACUGAUGGCAUUGAUGAUAACGAAUUCUUGCUGCUCUGUGAUGGUCAAACCACUGCGCCCAAUGAAAAUGCUGUUUCCAUCUCUCCAUUCAAGGACACAAAUACAGAAAUUUUGCCAUCUACGCCUUCCAAUGGACAUACAACUUCUACGAUCGAGCUUUCACAUCCAGGGUUUGCUGUCAAGGAUAAACCGAAGCAUACAACUCCCCUCAGCGAUGACCUUACGACGGAACCUGUACCAUCGGUAUUGAACGAAAGCUUCAGUGCCGUAUUCAACGAGAUUGACGACUCUGAGAUGAUAGCCUUUGCUGAACAAGUCGAGGCCGAGAUGGUAGCUUCUGGUCAAAGCUGUUCAACAACAAUGAAACAAGUACCGAAACCUCCCCUAGCAGCAUCUAGUAAUCAACCAUUUCAGGAAAAGACUUCAAAGGGAUCUACCGCAUCUAAAAACAAGAACUCACAUACUUUUUUGAAAGACACCAAGGUCACUCCCAUGAAACGUCCGCUGCCACAAAACGUUCAAGAGCCACGGCGUCAGACAAAAGUGGCAAAUCCAUCCACCAACAACCAGUCGGCUACCCCCAUAGUCGCUACGAAACCAAAUUCGACUGCUGCCUCGAAAGCAGAGCCAUCAAAACCACUACAAGUCAAGACUAAAAGACGCCGCGCUAUGCCUUGGGAUGACAUUGAGGGCCCAGGACCUUCGACACAAGCCGUCAUACUGGAGCUUUUAGAAGAAGCUGAAGCAAAGAUGAAGAGAUAA